AUGGCCCCGUCUAUCAUUGCAACCUGCAAGCAAACACGUUUCCAUCUUCUCGAUAACAACCCUUCGCAGGAAAUAGACGUGGACGGACUCAAUGUCUCGGUAGUGGCCACCCCAGACACUAACGAUACCUCAACAGAUACUUCAUCCAAACCAUCCAAGCCCAAGGGUAAAUCGAAAGCCAAAGCUGAAGCCAGGGAGCUGGUCGUGGAUGCUCAUUUGCGUUUGAAACCGGGCAUUCAUUAUGGCUUCCUUGGGCGAAAUGGCACCGGGAAAUCAACUCUUCUACGGGCCAUGGCGGACAAGCUCGUCCCGGGUAUACCUCAUGCGACUCGGAUUGCUAUUCUACAACAGACAGAUGCCGAUACUAAUGGCAACCUGGAUCCGGGAAGCGGUAAUCAGCAUGCGACUGUGCUGGAACGAGUGAUGGGGAGUGAUACUUCUAGGAAUGAAGUGGUACGGAAGAUGGAGUACUUAUCCAAAAGUUUCGACAGCGAUGACCCAUCCCAACCGGUCCGCGCAAUUCGCACGGUUCGUCACGAGCAACUCGAGAGUCAGCUAUUCCUGGCCCAGAAGAAUGCAAGCCUGAAGAGUGGAGCAAGAGGACUACAGGCGCGCAAGGAUCUGAAGGCUGUCGAAGGGAAGGUUCAAGCCGCGAGGAAGCUAAUGGAGCAGGUAAAAGAGGAAAUCGACGCCGAUGCAAUCAAGGCAGAUACACAGUCUGCGCUGGAUACACUGCAAGAUCUCCAAUCUCAAUUCGAAGUCAUGAAACUGGUCGACAUUGAACAGCAAGCCCGCCAGAUUCUUAUUGGGUUAGGGUUCAAGGAAGUUUGGUUUACAAAGCCAUUCUCGGAUCUAUCUGGUGGCUGGCGCAUGCGUUGCAUGUUGGCAAGUGUCCUGAUACAGAAUCCCGACGUUAUGAUUCUUGACGAGCCCACCAACUUCUUGGAUCUUCUGGGCGUCGUCUGGCUUCAGAAUUAUCUUCAACAGCUACGCGACUCGUCGGAAACGACUGUGGUCCUCGUCUCCCACGACAGAGACUUUAUCAACGCAGUCUGCGAAGAGAUCAUGAUUCUCAGAGACCAGAAGCUCACUUACUUCCGCGGCAACCUGUCUGCAUACGAGAAAGAUUUCGAGGAACAAAAGCUCUACUGGGGACGCAUGAAGGAAGCACAAGAGCGCCAGGCCGCUCACAUGGAAGCAACCAUUCGUGAGAAUAUCAAAGUCGGCAAGAAGACAAACGACGAUAAUAAGUUGCGACAGGCCAAAUCCCGCCAGAAGAAAGUGGACGAUUGGAUGGGAAUUCAAGUGAGCCAUAAUGGAGGACGAUUCAAGUUGAAUAGAGACCUUGUAGGUUGGCACUUGAAUGCCCGUGCCGAAAUUGAGGUCCCAACAGACGAACGAGGCGCGUCGAUGAGGCUCCCCGAUGCCGGUGAACUACGUUUCCCGGGUCCGCUGAUAUCUCUAGAAGGGAUUGUCUUCCGAUAUAAGUCUAACGAGGCCCCUGUUCUGAAUGGUAUUGAUUUUGUGAUGCACAUGGGUGACCGCGUCGGUAUCAUGGGUCUUAAUGGCUCUGGGAAAUCGACACUUGUCCGUCUCUUGGCAGGUAGUAUUUUGCCGACGAAGGGGAAAUUAACGACCCAUUCGAGACUCAAACUCGGCUACUACGCACAGCAUUCGAUUGACGAGCUCCAGGAACAGGGCCAAGCUGACCCUGGUCUAACUGCAUUGGGGCUAAUGACAAAAGAGGUUGGCGGAGCGUUCAAGGAGGGAGAGAUCAGAGGUCUGCUCUCAUCUAUGGGCCUUCAGGGCCGGAUUGUUUCUGAUGUACCGGUGUCCCGGCUAUCAGGCGGACAGCUGGUCCGCUUGGCCUUGGCCAAGGUCGUAUGGAACUCUCCACACCUGCUCAUCCUGGAUGAAAUCACAACCCAUUUGGAUUUCCACACAGUGGCGGCACUCGCAUCAGCGCUCUCCUCGUUUAACGGCGCAAUCCUGUUGAUAUCGCAUGACCGUUUCCUCGUUCGGUCUGUGGUUGAAGGGAAGAGAGAUGAGGAGAACAGCCUGGACGAUGAUUUCGAAGGCGUCGAUGAUGGGCAAGAGAAAUUGCAGGAUAGAAGACGGACAGUGUAUGUUAUGAAAGCCGGAAAGCCCCACGAGCAGCAGAAUGGCGUAGAACAGUUCGAGGAAAGCCUCAUGAAGCGGGUUCUGAAGAUGCUUCCAGCAACGAGAUAG